AUGAGGGACAAGACGGAGGGCAGAGUUGGCGACAUCUGCCAUGUACUCGGUGGCCUGCAACUGUUCAUCAGGGGUAUGGGUUUGUGGACGGGUCUCUUUGCAGUUCGCAGUCGCAAUUUCUCAGUCCCAAUGGCUACGUCCCAAGAUCAAGGGACCCAGCUAAUAUCAAUCCAAGCAGGUCGUAAAUGGACCGACAACGAGGAAGCUUGGCUUGUCGUCAACUCUAUGAAAGAUGUCACAUCCGCAUGGCUCCAUGCAAACUUCCCCUUCGCAGGUCGUAGUCUGAAUAGUAUCAUAGGCCAUCUAGCAGACAUGCGCCUUCAUGGUCGCCUAUCCCGUAAAUGGCGCAGUAAGACCUGGAAUGAUGAGCCGCCAUAUACCCUCCGUGAAGACAUCGAGAUCAUGCAAUGGCACGUCUGGGGCCGCGAGCACAUCGACCCGCAGAUAUUUGUCGACAAUCAGCGUGCUGGCGGCAGCGUAAUUGCUAGAGCAGAUUACCUGUGCAAGGACCCUGAAUUAGUUCGAAAAGUCAAGGAGGCUGAAGAAGCUGCUCGUCAGGCGCUUGAAGCCAGGGAUGAAGCAUGGUAUGACGCAGCGGAGGAGCCUUCUGAGGAAACCAUGGACGCCAGUGCGCUGAGAAUGAUGAACCGAAUUCUCUUUCGGACAGAAAGCGAUACCAUAGUUAAGAUUUGUGACGCUAUUUCUCAAUCUCUUUCAAAUAGAGAGGAUUUUGAAGAUGAUGACGAUGAAGAGGACGAAGAAGGGGAGGAAGAAGUUGAAGCCGAGGACGAGGAGGACGCAGCAUGA